UUAAAACACAAUACAACCUUCCCAGCCUAUGAUAUUUUUAAUGGAGCCUUUUUAUGUUUAAAAAUGUGUAAAUUUUACUGGAAACUUUUAGUCUGUUAUCUAAGGUUUUCACUUUUAUAAUCUACUUUCGAUUUAGAAAAACGCGCCCCGUUACAAAUUUUAAAGUAAACAGUGGGAGACAAAAGCGGCUCAGUCCUUUCUCGGGGCUAUAAAGCUUCGAGCCUUGUCCACUGGAACACAUGGUCUUAUUUUUCAGCAGUGUUGUGUUCAUGUUGAUGAGGAACAAACAAUGGCAACAAUAUCAAGGACAGUUGCUUCCCCGUUGACAGAAAAGCAAAUGGUGAUGGGAUUGAAAAAUCAUUACAAUCAGAAAGAGGAAAGGUUGUCUCAGCUUAAAGUUCAAGUGGAAAUUGUUCAGUCAACCAUACAGAAAAGGUUUCAGUACUUGCAUUUGAAAGACAAGGAGAAUACCUCAAUAAAGCCCAUUGUAAGCUCUAGGGACUGGGAGCAGUUCACCUACUUCAGCCAGCAACUGACCCAGUUGUCGAACAAUCUCAGGGGUCUGGUCUCUGAUGAAGGUCAAGAGCAGCGACACUUGGAUUAUAUAAAAGCUUAUGCUCAUCAUUGUUGCAAGAAGGACAACCCAGAUUUUGUAACCAAAAUCCAAGAACUAGAAGGAAUGCAUUCAGCAAAUUGCUUACAGAAAGAAGAGUUACAAAACUGUAUCAACAGAGCAAUUCAACAUCUCUUCAAAAUUAAGAAGGUUGCUCAUGGUGACCUUUAUGGUAAAAAAAUGCAAGAUGAUGGAGAUGGCCAAAGUAUUGAAGUCAACUUUAUUAAGGAAGGACCCAUAAAGGCACCACUUCAAGAAAGAAAUAAAUAAAGAAAAACAGUAACAAACAGACAGAGAGAAAGAGAGACAGAGUCAGAGAAACAGAUCUAGAGAGAAUGUAUUUGUUAAAACUUGUUUGUUAGUGUUUUAGUUUUAUUAUUCUUUUAUUUUUUCAUACUUCUUUGAGCUACAGACAUAUUUUUAUAUAAAAGCUAUUUUUUUCAGCUCACAUGAGCUGAAAGCUCAAGUGAGCUAAUUUGAUCACAUUUUGUCUGUCAUCCGUCUGUCUGUCCAUCUGUCCAUAAACUUUUCACAUUUUCUACAUCUUCUGUAGAACCAAUAGGCCAGUUUCAACCAAACUUGGCUAAAGCACCCAUAGGCAAAGGGAAUUUGAAGUUGUGAAAAUUAAGUAUUAAGCUCUUUUCAGGGGGAGAUAAUUAGGAAUUAUUCAAAAUUUCUCAAGAAUGUUCAAUACUUCUUCUCAAUAACAAUUUGGCCAAGAAAGCUUAAACUUUUGUGGAAGAAUCCUCUCGUAGGGUAGAUUCAAAUUUGUUCAAAUCAUGAUCCCAGUUGGUAGAAUGGGGCCCCAAUGGGGUAGUCAGACUUUUUUCAUAAAAAUAUAUAGAGAAAAGUUUAAAAAUCUUCUCAGAAACCAAUCUGCAAAGAAUGCUGUUAACCAUAUGGAAGCAUCCUCAGGUAGGGUAAAAUCAAGAUUGUUCAAAUCAUGAUCACUGGGGGUAGGGGGUGCCACAAAUCACAAUGGGGAGUCAAAUUUUUUACAUAGGUACAUGUAUAUAUAAAGAAAAAUAUUUAAAUGUCUUCUUCUUAGAAAUAUAUCAGCCAGAAAAGCUGAAUCUUACGUGAAAGCAUCUUGCUUAUGGUAGAUUCAUCAUGAUCCCCAGGGAUAGGGUGGGGCCACAAUGGGGUGGUCAAAUUUUUAUAUCAGAAUAUAUAGAGAAAAAUCUUUAAAAACAUCUUCUCAGAAACCGAAUGGGCGAAAAAGCUGUAAACUGUGUGGAUGUAUCCUCAGGUAGGGAAGACUCAGGUUUUUAAAUUAUGAUCCCUAUGGGUAUGGUUUGGCCACACAUAGGGGGUGUCAAAUUUUAACAUAGGAAUAUAUGAAGGAAAAUUUUAAAAAAUAAACAUCUUCUAAAACAUUAUUUGCCUAGAAAAGUUGUAUUAGUCAGAUCAGAUAGUGUAGAUUAAAAUUUGUCAUAGUAUAAUCUUCAGGAGUAGGGUUGGGCCACAUUGGGGGUGGGGGUCUAAUUUUAGAAAGGAAAUCAUUUCAAUUAUUCCCAAAAACCUUAAAUAUUAUUACAAAUGGUUUUACUUAUAUGUAAGUAUUUUAACGUAUGGUUGAUUCUUUAAAAUUGUUUAGCCCCCAGACAAUUCUUGGGCCUCACUAGGGGUUCAAAGUUUAAUGUAGGUUUAUAAUUCCUAUAUAAACAUUUGUUUAAGAUCUUCUCAAAAACCAUUUUAUUUUUAGAGAUUGCAUCAUCAAGCUAACACUGAUGUUGGGAUCACAUGACCUGGUGUACACAUUGCUCAAAAACUGCAAUGCUCUAAUGUGAUACGACUUUAAAAUCACCCUGUUACAAAGGGGCUCAAUGAUAAAAAUAAGAAUAUGCAGGGGAUUUUUUAUAUAAAAAAUCUAUUAUUUGGGCCUUGCUCUGUGGGUGCCCUAUGGAGUUCAGACUGUCCGUCCAUCCAUCUGUCCAUCCAUCCUUCUGUUUGUCUGUCCACCCAAGAUCUGUUGUCCAGAGCAUAUCUUCUUUCCCAUUGGCCCAAUCUGGCCCUGACUUCAUCUACAGAGUGCUUUCGGGUAAAGGGUAUGCAGUGACCUUGAACCAUGUUUUUAAGUUGAAUCUGAAGGUCAUAGCAGAAUUAUAUGUAUAUGAAAAACCAUUGUCUUGAGCAUAUCUUCUCUCCCCUUUGUUCAAUCUGGCUCAAACUUCACUCACAGAGUGCCUAUGGUCAAUGCGUGUGCAGUGAUCUUGAAUGAAGUUUGUAGGUCAAAGGUCAAGGUCAUAUUGGCUCACGCAAAUUAUUUUUUCAGAGCAUAUAUAUACUUUCUUGUUAGCUCUAUUUGGGUCAUACUUCACACAAAACACAGCUUUUGAGUUAAGGGUGUGCAGUAACCUUGAACCAAGUUUCAUGGUCAACCGUAAAUGUCAAAGCAGAGUUAAAUGAACAAUCCUUGUUCCUUUUCCAGAGCAUUUCUUUUCUCCCUUUGGUCCAAUCUGGCUCAUACUUCACUUUCAGAGUGCAUAGAAUCUAAGAAUAUGCAUGAUUGUGAAUGAUGUUUGAAGAUUUUAAAGUGUCAAGGUCAUAUAGGACACUGCCAAAAUUUUUGUUAGAGCAUAUAUAUUCUCUCCGUGUUUGGUUCCUACUUCACAUUUACAGAGCUUUUGGGUUAAUGGUGUGAAGUGACUUUAUAAUUUGAAACAAAUCAAUGUGAAGAUUAUAGCAGAUCUCUUUUAUAAUCAGUUUUAGACCAUAGAUUAUUUUUCAUUUGCUUAAUCUUGCUGUGGUUGAAAAAAAGAGUUUUAUGCCACCUGGAAAAGUUACUGUUAUAAGUCAAGGUCAAUUGUAAAGCAAAAUUCUCUGAAAUGCUGUCCAUCUUAUUGUCCAUUAUUUAAGCGGGGUCCUUUGAGAAAGUCCCCAUCUUAUUGUUGUCUAGUAAGACAUUGUCCAGAUGUUUUGUAUAUGACUCCAUAAAGCUGAUUUUAUUAUGUCUAUUGUCGCUCAGAUGAGCAAUGUGGCCCAUGGACCUCUGUUUUCUAAUCUGACGUCAUUUUAUUAUUAAUACUAUAAUCGCGUGCCAAUUACCUUGUAAUUGAUUUCACUUAAUAUAUAUUUAUUAAGCUUGCAUGUAUUGUAGUAAUACAUAAAACAGAAAGUGCUUUUGUAUAUUUAUUUUAUCAUUGAUUUACAUAAUAACUUUAUAAAAAAAUGAUUUAUUGUUGAUUUUCCAUCUCUAGUCACUUGUUAUCUUGUAUUUAAUCAUUAUUUUAUGCAAAAUGCUUUUUAAAAAGAAUAAAUUUGAAAACAAUUAUAUUGUUUCAAAAACUUAUUUUAGUUACUGC